UAUUGGAGUGGCCCUAAGAAAACAUCCAGAAAAGGCAGGAACUUGAGAAAAUCACCAAAAAAAAUUUGGACCAAAACAGGCUCUUUCUCAAAAGACAAGUUUCUUUUAACACUGAUGAAACUCCGUUUGGGAUCCACAAAUGCAGACCUUGCACAAAGAUUUGGCAUUUCACACAGUACUGUAUCAACUAUUUUCAACACAUGGGUCACAAUUUUGGCUAGUGAACUGAAAUUCCUAAUGUACAAUCCUAGCAUGGAAGUUGUAAAGAAAGCACUGCCAAAGAAGUUCAAAAAACCAGGAUACUGCAAGGUACGCAAUAUAAUAGACUGCACUAAAAUUUUUAUACAGACCCCAAGCGACCCUGUAAUCAGAGCAUCAGUGUGGUCAGAUUACAAGCAUCACAAUACUGCAAAAAUCCUAGUUUCAAUCCCCCCAAAUGGGGCCUUCAACUUCAUCUCAGAGGCAUGGGGUGGGUGCACCUGGGAUGUCCAUUUGACAAGGGAAUCAGAGUUUUACAACAUCCUUGAGCCAUAUGAUGCAGUAAUGGUGGAUCGUGGAUUCAUUAUUGCAGAGGAUCUUUUGCUGCACAAAGCUGACCUUUUUAUUCCACCAGGGAAACAUGGACAAGAACAGUCCACGAAGGGUGAUGUACAGAAAACUAAGACAAUAGCUAAUCUACGCAUUUUUGUACAACAGGCCAUCAGGCAGCUGAAAACAUUCUGUAUAAUCAAGAACAAACUGCCUAUCUCUCUUAUUGGUAAUCUUGAUAACAUUAUUGUCUGUGCUGCAUUUUGCAAUUUGUACAAGCCUCUUUGCAAGAAACGCGUUUUUGGGGGGCUCAAGAUAUAGAGUAAAAUGUGUGAUUCACGAGGAAAUCCAUAACCCCAUCAUGGAGGGAAAUUGGAAAUUCCAGGGGGGGGGGGUCAGUUUGCUGCCUGUUUUUUAGGAGAUAAACAUUCAUAGAAACACUACACUUUUCAUUUGGAAAGGGGUUGGGAGAUCGUUUGACAAAUAGUUGCCUCCAUGGUUUGGGUAAUGACUUUUUCUGCCUCUUCUGGAAUAACACAAUUCAAGAUAUCAAUAGUAUGUUCACAGGUUUAGUGAAACUGAUUUCCUUGCACUGAUAGGAUGACAUCACCACAAAUACACAUAAUCAGGGGCUUAGCUGGGGGGAACAAAGGGCCUGGCCCACUUCUCUGAAAAGUAAUAUAUAGUAAAUAUAUGGGACAAUCAAGUUCAGAAAAAGCUUGGGCCCCUCCCUUUCUAGCCUUGCACCCCCUUUGAGCCCCUUUUGACCAAACCCUGGCUACCCCAGUAAUAAAAUUUAUGUUGAUGUCUAAUGAGACUAGUGUAAUUAAUGUAGGAAGCUAUUUUUUUAUUAACAACUUGAUAAAUAUUUUCUACUUUUGACAUUAGAUAUCAAGGAUCAAAUAAAGCAUUGACUGUACAAUAAUACAUGUAAUUGUUCAAUUAUAUUAUGCAGCUCCAUGGAAAUAUGAUUACCUGUUUAUAAAAUUUUCUCAGUCAGAUCCAUUUUCUAGGUAAUUUUUUUAAACAAUUUAUUUUUGCAGUAGUUUCAGGGCUGGUGAAAGACAAUUACUAUAAAACCAGGUUAGAUUUUCUUCAAGUCUACACCAGUAUGUGGCAUUAAAUCUGAUUGUUUCCAAGUGAUAGCCCUUUUGUGUGUAUACAAAGAAAUAGCACAAUGGCCUCUUUGUUGUGGUCAUCUCACCCUAGUCCUAUGCAAAGUACUGAUGCUGCUGCUUUAAAGCUACUUGUGCAUUACACAUACAUAAGUAUGACAGAUUAUGUGCUGGGGGAAUUUCAUUGGCAAUGCUAAAAGGGUUCUUGAUCCCUACUACCGCUUCCCCACAACAAGAGCACUCUAUCAGUCAGUCUGGGGAUGCUCCCAAGUACUGUUUAGUUUUAUCAAUAAAGAUAAAAAAGGUAAAGUCUGCAUAUGAGCCAAGUGGCCCAUCAGGCCGGAGCUUAUCCCGGUU